CUCUUAUUACACUUAUUCCACAUGGUGUGGAAAGUCCAUGUAUCUGGGUGACAUCUACGUGAAGCCGGAUUUUCGAGGAAAACAUGUCGGCAGCAUGCUUCUCAAAGCAGUCGCGAAGGAAGCAGUUGAGAACGGCUGUCACAAAUUAGACUUUGUGGUUCUCAACUGGAACCCAGCGCAAGAGUUUUACAAGAGAUUUGGAGCCAGUGAUGUGACAGUCAACGACCAGUGGCACUCUUAUUAUAUCUCUGAAGGAGAUUUAAAAAAAAUAGCAUCUGAUUGCGAAUAGCGUAAAAGUAUUUUGAUUAAUUUUGGGAGCGGCAAUUAUU